AAUUUGCAUCCCCCAAGGUAACAGCUCGCCGUCCCGCGCUUCGUUCCCUUCCCCGCUAGUCCCUUCGUCCGACGGCUUGAACGCUUGUGCAUGCUUUUGUGUUUCCGCCGCCUCCAGCCCCUCUACUACCCGUUGGAAAAGAACAAGUUUAUACCCAAAUAACGUCUAUUCAACCAUGUCGAACAUCAACAUUGCCGGAACGACCCCUGUGGACGACCCCGAAUACCGCUACAAGAUGCCGCGCCUCGUUGCCAAGAUCGAAGGCCGUGGAAACGGCAUCAAGACCGUCGUCGUGAACGCCGUCGAAAUCGCGUCGGCGCUGCAUCGCUCCCCCGGCGAGGUGACCAAGUUUUUCGGCACAGAACUCGGCGCGCAGUCGAAAUUCGACGAUGCCACCGAACGUGCGGUCGUGAACGGCGCGUUUGAAGCGUCCCAGAUGCAGGCGCAGCUGUCCAAGUUUAUCGAACUGUUUGUGCUGUGCCCGAACUGUCGGCUACCGGAAACCAAGUACAAGUACAAGGGCAAGGAGAGCAUUUUCCACCGCUGUUUGGCGUGUGGCGCCGUGGAACCCGUGGACAUGAACCACAAGUUGACGACGUACUUAUUGAAGGAACAUACCGCAGCGAAACGCGCCAAGAAGAGCGACGGAACCGACAAGAAGGAGAAGAAGCUCAAGAAGAAGGACGCGGAAGGCGACGACGAGCCGAAAAAGGAAAAGAAGGAAAAGAAGGAAAAAAAGGAAAAGAGCGGCGAGAAGAAGGAAAAAAAAACCAAGAAGAAGGUCGAAUCGGACGACGACGACGAAGGGUCGACCAAGGCCGGCGACGAUUCCGAAGCAGAGGUCGAAUGGCACACGGAUUUGUCGGCGGAAGCUGUCGCCGCGCGCGCCAAGGAAGCGGAAGCCCUGGAAGCGGCCGCGCAUUCCGCUAUGGUUGCGCCCCCGACGUCGUCUGCCUCGGAGGACGUCGUGGCGUCGUUUGACAAUUUGGACAUUGACGACGAAGCCGCGAUUGAAGCCGCGACCGCCGCCGUCGCCGCGUUCUUGCAGUCGACGCACUCCCCCGCCGAAAUCUACGACGAAGUGGUGCGCCAACAAACCAACGGCGCGCUCCCCGCGAACGACCGCCUCUCGAUCUUCUUUGGCGCGGCGUUCACAAGCCAAGUGCUGUCGAGUAACCAAGUGGCCAAGUACCGCCCCGUGCUCGAGAAGCUGGUCGACAAUGAGCGGUCCCAGCACCAAGUGAUUGCUUUGACCGAACACUUUUGCGCCGUCAAGUUCCCCGCGUUGCUCACGUCGUUCCCCGUGGUGCUCAAGCUGCUCUACGACGAAGACCUGGUGACUGAAGAGAUCAUUUUGGCCUGGACCGACGACGAUUACCGCAAACUCCACGCGCAUUUCCAAGUGACGCCAACCCAAGCCGCUGCACUCAAAAAGUCCCUGGAACCAUUUGUGUAUUGGCUGCAAAAUGCCGAAGAGGAAAGCGAUGACGAAUAAGCUUACUAUUUUGAAUAGUAUUACUCGGAGAACUACUAGUGAUGGCAUAGUAGUACUAGUAAUAACAAAAAUGUAUGAAUCAAAGCAAGCGGUUUUUGGAAAAGUAGC